GUUCACGCUGAGGUGAGUGAGGAUGCACACCAUUGGCUGCUCGGUGAGGAAAACAGGGCUGCGCCUCUGAAGGACAGAUCGCAGUGUGCGUGCACGGAGGGAAUAAGAACAUGUCAACGUGCACAUAGAGUGACGCUGCACACGCUCACCGAGCGGUCUGUGAUGACACCUAGCUACUGUCAGACACUUUCCACUUCCUAACCUUUUUACCAUGGCAACAGGAAGAAAAGGCUCUACGUCCAAAGCGGGUGGCGUGCAUUUCCCUGACGAUAACGGGCCCCCUGACUCUCCAACACGCAGAGAUGACCAGUCAAACCUCUCCACUCUCAUUGCUAUUCAAGAAAAGGAUGGCAGCUACCUGGUCAAGGCUGGUUUCCUGAAGAGCCACCACUGUUAUGAGAUUGUCUUCAGCGUUCAAGAUGUACCCACACUGGGCAAAGAGCUCCUCUGUCUCCCCUCCUCAUCUCCGACCCGGAGGUCCUCCAGCCUCCGUGUCCAUCACAUCAACUCCUCACUGGAGGGAGUAAAGGUAACAUGUGAGUACAGGACUCACCAGGAGGGGGUGCUGCAGGAAGAGGUCAAUCUGGUUACCAGAGGGAGAAAAGCCUGCAGUCUGAAGGUCAGACUCCAGGCCAGAGUCAUCGACCCACAUCAUGGGACUCCCAUGCUGCUGGAGGGGGUGAGGUGCCUGGGUGCUCAGAGAGACGCCCACACAAGACACAGCAGUGAUCGUAAGAGGAUAUGAUUUACACAGUGUACAGCUUUACUAGAAUUGGGAAAUAUGUGCCCUGUUUUUAUUUUGUAAUUUAAGUUCUCAAAAGAAUGAAAAAUGCUGAGUUAUGUUUUAGAAAAUUCCUUGACAAUGAGUUUUCUCUGCAAAAAGUGUAAAUAACACCAGCCGGCAUUUGAAAAAAAGUAUCCAAUAUACCCAUGAUGCCUCUGUUGUUGGAGAGAUAUGGUUAACCAGCAGGGAACAAAUACACCCCCCUCCCGAAACAAACACACACACACACACAUGCACACACACAAACACAAACAAUACAAAUGAGUUUGUCAGAUUUUAAGAGAUACUGCCCCAGUAUUUGAACUAUUUGUACCCGUACCAUAAAGAACAGUGCAGUACAUUGUCAGUGUACACCAGUACCUUAUGGUUAUGGUGCUGUACUUAAUGUUAUUUGAUCUUGAGUAAAUCUGAUCAAAGCUCGUCACUCCUCUAACGGCUGCAGGAACAGGCCUGGUGUCACCCACAUGUCUCAUAUCUUCCCUGAGGAAGUUUAGUGACAAGUGUUUAGCUGUGGUCACUUGCUUAAAGGCACUUUGGCAGCAGUGAUAGUGUUUGCAAUAAGAGCCACUUGUGCUGUGCAGCUUUUUUAACCGACCCCCGCUUAUGUACUUAUGUACCAUAACUAAAAACUAAAACUGUAUAAUAUUGGACAUAAGGUUACAGAGUAAGUACUUUAUUUACAGCACCUUUGCAUCACAGAGGAGUUGAAAAUGGACAUAGAUACAGACAUUAAGCGUAAAUAAAUAAAAUAAAAUCUACAAAGGAAAUUAGGUCUUGAGCUAUUUUUCGAAGGUGUCCACAGAUCUUUAAUCCUUUAGAUUUCAGAAACAAACUGUAGAGACCUGCUGGUAACAGGGCUGCAGUGAUGUAGACCAUAGAUAGCUCUACAGGGGGAUCGCAGGAACUCUGAAUUGGAAACUGAAUUUAAUGGGAAGCCAGUGAAGAGUAUUUGGAAAGGGUGUCACCAGAAGUCUUUUGGCGAACCUGGACCAGCAGAAUUUUGGACAAUGUGCACAUGAUCCGGGGAUGAUUUGCCAAGGCGGGUGAGGGGGAAGAUGCAAUAGUCAACAUGGAACAAUAUAAAAGCAUGAAUUCACAUUUUAGUCCUCACUUGAGACCCAAUGGGCCUGAGCUUUGCAAUGUUUCUCAGCACAUUACGUGUCCGUCCAGAGAUAGAGUGUGGUUCAUAGUAGCACCUACAUUUCUUUAAGGCCCACAAUCCAUCAUAUAAGAGACAACACUAGGAGAGGCAGAUGUUAGUACUGGUAUACGUAUUGACACAAUUAUACUAUUACAAUGUGUUGUUUUGGGAAUAAAAUAUCUGCGAAAAAAAUAUGCUUCUGCUGCUGUACAAAGUCCUCUGUUUGCAUGACAAUAAUUUAGGUGCAGAACUAAGUAGUUCUUAUUACAAAUAUACCAAUGUCUUUGAACAUUGAUAACAAGCAUGUAGUUCUUUAAUUCACAUUAACUGCAUUUAAAUCACAAUCUUAAUAUUUGUCUUAAAUGCUUCAACCCCAGUGGCAGUUUGCCAGGAAGCAGUUGUCAUACAGAGGCAUAGUACUCAACAUGGAUGUUCACUGUGGGGGUUUAAGAGGAGCUUAAAUGCAUGUGAUCUACCAGACACAUCAGUGACCAUAUAUAAGGUUGCUGAAUACAUUUUCUGUCCAUUUAUGUAUCGCUGUUGUUUGUGAACGUGCAGUCCAACGUGUGUGUACACAUUGUUGGGCUCUUUUGUCUGACUGUAACCUCCCACAAUGCACUCCGUGUACCUUGCGCUCAAUCAGGACUUUACUAUUUGUCUGUUUUGUCUGUCUACACUGCCAUGCACUUUUCUGUUUGAUUAAAUUAAUAUUACCCAA